AUGUCUUCAUCUCCUUCCCUGGCCACAGAAGACUCUGUGACAUCAAAGAGGAGUUCUAUAGGAUUGCAGAUGGUCUGCAAUGCUGACUGUGUGAUCAGCAAUGUUGUGGCAAAAUGGCCUGGCUCAGUCCAUGACUCCAGAAUCUUUCGGGCCUCUGAAAUCUAUCAGUGCCUAUCACAAGGUGAAUUCUCUGGUGUGUUGCUGGGAGACAGGGGGUAUGGCUGCCAGCCUUUUCUCCUGACACCUUUCACAGACCCCCAGGAAGCACAGCAGGCCUAUAACCAUGCCCAUGCCAGGACCAGGGCCAGAGUUGAAAUGACCUUUGGCCUCCUGAAGGCACGCUUUCACUGCCUUCACAAAUUAAGGGUCAGCCCUGUUAGGGCAUGUGAUAUUACUGUGGCUUGUGCUGUCCUCCACAAUGUGGCCUGCCUGAGGAAGGAGAGGGCCCCCAGAGUGCCACCAGCCAUGGACUGGGACAAUCCGGCAAUCUUCCCUGAUGACGACAGUGGUCGGCUGCUGAGGGACCGAUAUGUGUUGAAUUAUUUUAGUUAGUAUGUGUGCUUUCAAUUUUGGUAAAAUAUGUCCUGCGGUGGCAGAGGAAUUUGGUUUUUUUUGGGUUCGUUUUUUUACGAAUUUGGCCUCUUAUGAUGUUUGUGCGGUAUACUGUGUGUAAUACAAGGCUGCAGGGAGGCUACUGCAUCCAUUCAUUUGUCUGUUCAGUUGAUGUGUAUGGAUUUGUCCUGCAUUUAUUUUAGUGUGCAGACAUGCAGGGUGUGUUAUAUACAGACCUUUGAAUGUGUAUGUAUCAUUUUGUAUAAUAUGCUUUGAUUCUGUGCUUUCCAUCUUGUAGAGUCACUGUGACUUCAGUUUCGAAAGGAGCUGAUGGUUUACCUGCUUUGUUUUGUCCUUAUUCAAUAAAGGAACAUAAUGUUACACAUUGUGUUUUUAUAUUCAUA